AUGGAAAGAAACCGAUCAAAAUACACACCAAAAGCCACAUUCCAUCAUCUUCUACCAUUCUUCUUCUUCUAUAUCUUCUUCUCUCUUGAUUGUGUAGUUGCACAAGAGUUAGUUGGGUAUGGAUAUAAAGUCGAGUCUGUGAAUAAUUCUGAUUCCUCGGGGAAGACAUUGACCGUUAACCUUGGUCUCAUCAACAGCUCCUCAGUUUAUGGACGUGACAUAUCAAAUCUUACCCUCUAUGUCAGCUAUGAGACCAAAGACCGUCUAAGAGUUCGAAUAACAGACUCAAAGCAACAAAGAUGGGAGCUCCCACAAGACAUUCUCCCCCGCCAAAACCAAACUUCACAGAACUUUUCCGUCACUGACAACGACCUCGUUUUCACCCUCCGCAACACCACCCCGUUCGGCUUCACCAUCACCCGCCGCUCCUCUAACGACACCCUUUUCGACACCACCCCCAACCCCUCCGACCCCAACACCACCUUCAUCUUCAAGGACCAAUACUUCCAGCUCUCCUCCUCUCUUCCCAACAACAGGUCCUCCCUGUACGGCCUCGGAGAGCACACCAAGAGCACCUUCAAGCUCCUAGCCAAUCAGACUCUGACACUCUGGAGCGCCGACAUCGGCAGCGUGAGUCCCGACCUCAAUCUCUAUGGGUCCCACCCCUUCUACAUGGACGUAAGGUCGCCGUCCGGUGAUGGCAAGGUCAAGGCGGGAACCACUCACGGAGUGCUGCUUUUGAACAGCAAUGGCAUGGAUGUAAAUUACACCGGUGACAGGGUUACUUAUAAUGUGAUUGGCGGAGUUGUGGACUUGUAUUUCUUUUCGGGUCCGACACCCGAAUUGGUGAUGGAGCAGUACACUGAGCUCAUUGGUCGACCCGCCCCUAUGCCAUAUUGGUCUUUCGGAUUCCACCAGUGUAGAUAUGGUUACAAGGAUGUUUCUGAUCUUGAGGGGGUCGUUGCUGGUUAUGCAAAUGCUAGUAUCCCUCUUGAGGUUAUGUGGACAGACAUUGAUUACAUGGAUGCUUACAAGGAUUUCACUCUUGAUCCCGUCAACUUUCCAUUAGACAGGAUGAAGAACUUUACCAACAACCUUCACCAAAAUGGUCAGAAAUACGUGCUCAUCUUGGAUCCCGGUAUUAGUAUCAAUGAUAGCUAUGGAACCUACACCAGAGGGAAGGAAGCAGAUAUAUUUAUAAAACGUGAUGGCAUUCCUUACCAGGGAAAUGUUUGGCCUGGCAAUGUUUACUUUCCUGAUUUUGUAAAUCCACAAAGUGAACCAUAUUGGGAGAAUGAGAUUAAACUAUUUCUAGACCAGCUACCUGUUGAUGGCCUUUGGCUUGAUAUGAAUGAAGUAUCAAAUUUCCAAACUUCUAAUCCCACUCCGAAUUCCACACUUGAUGAUCCGCCUUACAAAAUCAACGAUGCUGGAGGCCACCGUCCGAUCCUUAGUAGGACUAUUCCAGGAUCAGCUCUACACUUUGGUAAUGUGACAGAGUAUAAUGUUCAUAACCUAUUUGGCAUGUUACAAGCCAAAGCAACAAACAAGGCCUUGACCAAUUUGACUGGUAAGAGACCUUUUGUUCUCUCGAGAUCGACUUUUGUAAGCUCUGGUAAGUACACAGCACACUGGACCGGUGAUAAUGGUGCAAAAUGGAGUGAUUUGGCAUACUCAAUUCCGGGCAUUUUGAAUUUUGGACUCUUUGGAGUUCCAAUGGUUGGAGCUGAUAUAUGUGGUUUCUCUGGGGAUACUAAUGAAGAACUCUGCCGGCGUUGGAUUCAGCUAGGGGCCUUUUACCCCUUUUCAAGAGAUCAUUCGGAUAAGAAUUCAAUCCGGCAGGAGCUCUAUGUUUGGGAAUCAGUGGCUGCAUCAGCAAAAAAAGUGCUGGGGCUACGUUACCGGUUGCUUCCCUUGUUCUAUACAUCAAUGUAUCAAGCACACAAGAACGGGACUCCAAUUGCAAGGCCCGUAUUCUUCUCAUUUCCUGAAGAUACCAAUACAUACAGUAUCUAUUCACAGUUUCUGAUUGGUAAAGGCGUAAUGGUGUCACCUGUGUUGCAGCAAGGAGCAAAUUCAGUCGAGGCAUAUUUUCCUGCAGGAAAUUGGUUCGAUCUCUUCAACUACACAUCAGUUAGUGUAGACUCUGGAAAGAAUGUUACGUUGGAUGCACCGCCUGAUCAUAUCAAUGUGCAUGUCCACGAAGGAAACAUUUUGGCCUUGCAAGGAGAGGCCUUGACAACACAAGCAGCCCGAAACACUACAUUCGAACUUUUGGUGGUCACUGGUAGUAGCAAUGAGAGUACCGGAGAAUUGUUCUUGGAUGAUGGAGAGGAAGUUGAAAUGGGAGGAGAGGGAGGGAAGUGGAGUUUUGUGAGGUUUCGUUCUGCAAGAGCACAAAAUGGAAGUCUAGUUUUGAGCUCGAAGGUCGAAAAUGGAGAAUUUGCAUUAAGCCAAGGUUGGAUCAUUGAUAAAAUUACCGUCCUUGGGUUUGAACUCAUUGGAAAUCUAAAAACUUAUGAACUAAGACUAAAACCUGAAAAGAAAUCCAAAGGUGUGGCUUUCAAGGCUGUGAAAGGGAAAGAAGAGGAAGAUGAACCACUUGAUCUUGCUCUUCUGACCAAAGAGUUCAAAAAGUUCCUUAGAAAUAAAUCCUCCUCUCAAAGUUUCAAUGCUCCCAAGAAAAAUUUUGUUAACAAUGAUAACAACAUUAAAGGGAAUUUUAGAGCAAAUAAAUCUGGAAAAAUAAAAUGCUAUGAAUGUGGUGGCUAUGGCCAUAUUUCUACUGAUUGUGGUAAUAGGAAGCAUGGAAAUAGCAACAAUAAAUCCCUCUUCUCGACAUGGGGUGAUGAUGAACAUCAGGAAGUCGAAAAUGUUGCCUUCGUGUUGUCUCUUUCACUUGAAUCUGAAAGUGAUGAAGAAUUCUCAGAUAAUGAGACUAAUGUCCGCUGCAAACAACUCUAUAAAGCGUCAAAAGCCACAUUAAUCAAAAAUGCAGGUUUGGAGGAUGAAAUUGUGAUGCUGAAGGCUAAAAAUGAGAAGUUGGAACUUGUAUGGAGAACUUCUCAAAACACUUGGGAACAAGAAAGGAACAAACUCAUAGAAGAGCUGCAGAACUCACAAAGUGACAAAAGUUCCCAGACCUGGAAGAUACAAUGUGAUGAACUGAAAAGCAAAAUCAAGGUUCUUGAACUUGAGAAAGAACUGAAGUCCACUCAAGAGAAGUUCACAAAAUUUGAGAGAAGUUCACAAAAUUUGAGAUAA